AUGCCUGCUCUGGCCAUGCCAGUCAGCCGGCCUGCUGUCAGACCAAGCGCCGCACUCAUGACUCCACAAUACACACCUCGGACCACGAUGAAUCGGAAUACCGGCACGGUCGGAUGUGGUGGCACCGGCUGGAGUUCAUCCCGCAGUAUAACAUCCGUGAACAAGGUCACCAGCUCCGCUACUUGGAGGGAAGAGGCUCUGAACAAGGCCAUCGAGAGCGGAGUCGAGAUCGUGGUGAAUACGAUAAUCGAAUCAAACGAGCCGGAGGACGAUGACCCUUUUUCCACUCACCUCGCUAAAGGUACCGAUAAGGUUACGGUAUAA